AUGAAGCUCAAUUCCACAAGUCUUCUGGAUGAAAAUGAUAAAGCGAAUAUUGCUAUCUACUUUGGAAUCGUCACAAUUGCUGGUGAAAUCGUUGGAGUAACCAUGGAUUCAACUUUGUCAACGUUACUGCGUAGUGGAAAGCUAUGCUUCAAAUGCUGUCAAACAAAACGAUCCGAUCCAAUCAUUUGUGCGCUUGGAAUGUUUAUCGCAGCUCCAUUUCUUUUUGGUGGAUUAAAACUCAUGAAAGUGUCUGUCGAGGCUAGCUACAUCUUCCUGUUCGUUGCUAUUAUGCGUUACUAU